AUGGAGUCUGUCGUAUUGGAGACGAGCAUGGGUGAUAUUCAGCUGGAAUUGUACUGGAAUCACGCCCCUCGAACGUGCAAAAACUUUGCUGAACUGGCAAAGCGUGGUUAUUACAAUGGUGUUGUAUUCCAUCGUAUCAUUGUAGAUUUCAUGGUACAGACCGGGGAUCCGACGGGGACAGGCAGAGGAGGAACGAGUAUUUACGGCCAGAAGUUCGAGGACGAGAUACAUCCAGAGCUGCGGUUCACAGGUGCAGGGAUACUCGCGAUGGCGAAUUCUGGACCGAACACAAAUGGCUCGCAAUUCUUCCUGACCUUGGCACCAACACCGUAUCUGGAUAAUAAACAUACAAUCUUCGGUCGAGUGUCUUCUGGGAUGCGAGUUCUGCAGCGACUGGGCGCCGUCGCAACUGACGUACAGGAUAGACCUCGAGAGGACGUCAAAAUCUACAAGGCUCGUGUUGUAUGA